CUCUGGAGCUUGUUUCCGGCCACCUCAGCGGGAAGCGGAGACGCCAGCAGCUGGUCUUCUGGAGCUAAGGUAGAGGGCUAACUGUUGUCGCGGCGGAGCAAAUCAAGGCUACACCUACGGCCGUCCGGGCCAGUGUUGGGUCUCUGUAGCCUGUGAAGAUGGUGUUGCUCACGAUGAUCGCCCGAGUGGCGGACGGACUCCCAUUGGCCGCCUCGAUGCAGGAGGACGAACAGUCUGGCCGGGACCUUCAGCAGUACCAGAGUCAGGCUAAGCAACUCUUUAAAAAGUUGAAUGAACAGUCCCCUACCAGAUGCACCUUGGAAGCUGGUGCCAUGACUUUUCACUACAUUAUUGAACAGGGGGUGUGUUAUUUGGUUUUGUGUGAAGCUGCCUUCCCUAAGAAGUUGGCUUUUGCCUACCUAGAAGAUUUGCAUUCAGAGUUUGAUGAACAGCAUGGGAAGAAGGUGCCGACUGUGUCUAGACCCUAUUCCUUUAUUGAGUUUGAUACAUACAUUCAGAAAACCAAGAAGCUCUACAUUGACAGUCGUGCUCGGAGAAACCUAGGCUCCAUCAACACUGAAUUACAAGAUGUGCAGAGGAUCAUGGUGGCCAAUAUUGAAGAAGUGUUACAGCGAGGAGAAGCACUCUCAGCUUUGGAUUCGAAGGCUAACAAUUUGUCCAGUCUGUCUAAGAAAUACCGCCAGGAUGCGAAGUACUUGAACAUGCGUUCCACUUACGCCAAGCUUGCAGCAGUAGCUGUAUUUUUCAUCAUGUUAAUAGUGUAUGUGCGAUUCUGGUGGCUGUGAAGUAGUGAAUCCAGCCGUGGGCAAGAAACUAGAACCCAGCGGGUGUAUGUUUUCAGGAAGCUGAGCUCACAGAGAUGUGUAUUAGAAUCCAAAUGGAACUUCUGCCUCUAAAGACCUUGCAAGAAAAGACAUGUCCUGAAAAUGAUUGAUUACACCUCACUUAAUGAAGCUUAAACCUAGGUAGAAAGUCUCUUUUGGGGGCAGAGGCUUUCUCUGGGUGCUAAGCCAUAUAUGUUAGGGAACAGUAGACUGUUUAUUUUGCUUUUUCCCCUUGCAGUGUUUUACAUUUUUAAAACAGCACUGACUGGGGCAUUCUCAUUCUCUGUGGAGCCGUCAGUGAGAUUUGGCUUAACCAACCUGUGCUAGCAACGGUCUGAAACCCCUUCAGAGAGGGCAGCCCUUCGGAAAGUUUUUUGACUCUAUCUAAUCAACAUUCCUUUUGUUGGUGACAUUUGUGAUUUUCAGGAAUCUGAGUUGUUGAUGGCUUUGUAAACAAGACUCCAGUAUGUGAAGGUUAAUUGCUGUGCUGCAAGAUCCUGUCUGUUGGCCCCUGUAGGAAGUUAACCUUUGUCGUUUCCCUUUUAAGACAUUUUGCUUAUUGCACAAUUGCUUUAGGGUUAUAUGAAUUAUAUUAAGAUGCCUUGAGAUUAUAUUAUAGCACUCCUUGAUUAAGAAGCUAAGAUGUUUUCUGUCAUUUACUCCUUAAAAGACUUAAAAUUGGUUUGGGACUUUCUUAAUUUUGUUUUUCAGCAUCUGGUUUAUAUUAAUGUAAGAGUGAGUAUACCAUACAGAUAGCCAGAGACCCCUGACUUCGAGAAAAGAAAGGCCAGCUCAUAACUGCAGGUUUGUCCUGCCCCUUUCUCACUUUCUCUACUGUGACCUUCCCCACUCUCUUCCUUCUGCUCCAGUUUGCUAACAUUUUUUGAAUUCCUCUGUGCCCAAUAGUUUCAUGUCCCAUAAGUAUCCUCUCAGGAUAUUCUCAAAUUUCAAAAUGGAAAAUGUUCAACUGCAUAGUUAAUUAAAUUUAAAUUUUUGCAGAGCAACUACUCAAACCACUAAAAUACAUUUAUCUGAGAAAGUGAGAGCACCUCAUACUUGCUUCAGUUAUGGAAAUUCUCUGAGGAUAUUCUAGAGAUUGGUAACUCAUUUACAGUAAAUUCUCUUUGCAAAUGAAAGUACCUAUGAUUUUUCCCCUCUUUGCUCAGGGAUGAUGGGGAUUUCCUUUUACCUUUUGAGGUAGAAUUUUUUUAAAUGGGGAGACUAGGCCUUUUAAAUAUUGUCACAAGGGUCUAUGAUAUAACCUAAAAAUCCUACACAUACUGCAAAUAUUUCUUUAAAUUGUACAGGAAAUUGAGCCAACUUCUUACUUCUUGAAAUCUUUGGAAAGAACUUUAAUCAGUAGGCGGUUUUAUAAUUCAGGAUCAUCAAAGCUACUGUUCUGAUUCCUGACAGAGAGAAAAAAAUCUUAUUUCCUUACAGCAAGGCAAGGAGAAAUGCUUAUUUUAUUCCUGAUAAUUUACAGAAGUAGAAUAAAAAUUUUUUCCUUUCCAUUCUAGAACUAUGUCUGCCAAUUGGAGUAUUGUGCAUGAAAUAAGAAGUUACUUUUUAUAGCGAAUAAGUGCUUUUAAGUCCCUAAAAGGCUUGUCCCUAACUAAUGAUGCUGGUCAUAAAAGCCUUUGAAAGACUGCAAACCUAAGUAGUGGUACCAUAGCAUUUGGUACUUUUAGAGGAGUGAAGACUGGCAGCUCAUUGUUGAGAGUUGCAUGCUGCAACCAAGUGGUCAGCAAUGAAAUAAACACUUAUAGAAUGUUCCCUUCAAUGUGAAGUUUUGUUAUCUAGUUAAUUUACAUGCACAUAUUCUUCUCAGUACAUUUCUACCUAAACUUGGUUAAUUAAGAAAUGAGAUGGGAGUGGGGGAUGAUAAAGGGCUAAGAAAGUAGUUUAAGAUUAUGAUGGUAGAAAAUGAGAGAACAAGACUGUCAUAAUAUGGCUCCUACUUCUUUUAUUAGAGGGAGAGAAGACCUGACUGGAUGGAAUAUAUCAGCAACCAGAUAAACAUCUAAAAUAGAAUGUGAUAAAUACCAUUCAGGGUUAUCGGGGGCACAUUAAGAAAGGACACCUAAUUUACUUGUGGGAAGAAGUGUGGUCAGAGAAGGAGAAUGGGAUAUUCCAGACAGAAUCAAUGGCUUGUGCAGUCAUAGGUUAAAAGAGUGAGGCACAUUUGAAGGAUUGUAAUUAGCUUGAUUCCACUUAACUCAUGGAGUAAGUGUAGGCAACUGAGACUUGAGGAAGAAGAACUAGACUGCUACAAUGUUGUGCAAGUCAUUCAGACUACACUAACAUCAGUGGCAAGAGAUGGCAUCAGAUUUAUGGUUCCACAUGAUCAUUCUGGCCAUAGUGUAAAAGAUACGUUAGAGAGGGAUAAACCUGUAAGUGGGGAGAUGAAACUAAGGAGCCAUCACAGGUAGAGGGAGACAUGGAAGACAGGUUUCAAGUGAUUUGCAAGAAAGCAGUGAUUCCAGAUACCAAAUAUCUCAUGUUUACAUAAUGCUUUCUUUGUCAGGAGUGCAUCUUAAUUCUCACAUUGACAUUUUGAAGUCCUGUUCACACCAUGUGAAUGAAGAAACUACUGCUCUUAGGCUCAGAAGAGUUAAGUGAUUUAUCCAAAGUUGCAGAGCUAGAAAGUAAUGGAACUAAGAUUUGAACCUAGGCAGUCUGGCUCCAGCAUCUGUGUUUUUUUUCACUAUACUGUACCACUAAGAGGUCAAAUAAAAUAAGUAUCACAAAACGUAUUUUAAAUUUAACAAUUAGAAUAAUUCCAGAGAAGUGGGGACACAAGUCAGAUUGCAGUGGCUUGAGUGUGAACCAUUAGGAAGUAAAGAUGUGAAACUACUCUUAUAAGUAGCUUUUUCGGUCGUGACACUGACCUUCAUAACGUUUUAAUUAAGAAACCUCACAAAUGUUAACAUAGCAACAUUUGGCACAUUGUACGUACAUCUGUUCAUUUAAAUGCCUAGCGGCGGUCCCUAAGCUUUUUGGGAAACCUUUGAAAAAUCUGAUGAAAGGUAUGUGCCUUUACCCUAGAACAGUGUUCAUGUGUGCAUGCAUACCAAGUAUCACAUACUGUGUUGGGGUUUUCAAGAACUCCACAAAGCCUGUUCAUGACCUGGUGGUUAUGAUCCCCUAGCUAAGAACUCCAGAUAUAUAGGAUGUGGAACUCAAAGGUAAGAAUUCAGAAGCCUUGAAAACUGUCCAGCUGUGGUGAAUUGGAAAAAUUCUACAGAUUUAACUAAUUUUGUGGAAGAGGUGCAUCCUUCAAAAAGUGAAAAUUUUUUUCUAUCAAAUACUUUUGGGUCUGGUUUUACAGAAAGAAAAAAUUGGUCUAGUUCCUCAAAAUCAAAUUUAAGGAUCUUAAAGUUUUUACUUUCUAUUUUUAUCAGGAGGAAGUCUUGCAAACGCAAGUUAAGAGGGCAAAUGGAUAAUCAUUGCUGCACACGCAGUAUUUAAUAAUACAUGUAUAAAUAAAACAUUUCAUAAUUUAAAUUCUCAUCUUAUUGGGAACUUUCAUGAGGCUUUUGGUUAGUGUAUUUAGCAGAACUGAGAGCCCCAUCUAGUUGUCCUUUCAGUCAACUCAGCAUAAAGGCAAAGAGCUGUGGUUGUAAAGAUGUUACUAUUAAUUGCACAUUAACCAUUUGGACCAAAUAGCUUGUACUUUAAGAUCCCCUAAGAAAAUUUGUAGCAUGUGUGACACAGGUUAGGAUAGAAUGGGCAAACUGAGUCUCACAUUCUAUUCUUAAUCAUUACAGACAGGGUUGACCCAACAGUACAAAACUAUCCUGAGCAAUUUAACCACUCCGUUCUAAUAAAAGUUUAUUUCAAGUGCUAUGACUGAAUCCAUUUUUUAGUUUAGAAAAAUUGUUGGAAAUUUGACUUCCAUAUACUAAUCAAGACUGGACUAAUUUUUUUCUCCCAUAACCUUCAUUAAUUGAGUGUGUGUAUUAGACGUUUUAUAUGUAUUGUUACAGUCCUCAUAACUUUUCCCAGCUUUCCCAAGGUCACAUAGCAAGUUGAAGUAUUUAGGUUCAAAUCCAGGACUGCUAGACACCUACACAUACUGUUUAUUCCUAAAUUAUGGUGUAGAUGUGUUUGUCUUAAGCACUGACAUUUCACUUUGUCCUAUCAAGUUAUUAGUUCGCUUUUUUUUUAUUUUUGGAGAAAUUAAUUUUUCAAAACAAUUUCAUUUUAUUAUUACUCUUUUUAAUUUACUUCUCUGUCAUUUCUCCCUGUAUUCAUUUUUUAAUACUUUUUGCUCUUGAGUUCUUGUUUGCCUUUUCUAAUUCUUGGUUUGUAAUCUUAUUUUAUUUGCUCCUUUUAUAUUUGAUCUCAAUGUUAAUUCAACAUUUUUCUACAACUGAUUCACUUAAGGUUUAACAAAAUGAUUUUUAAAAAUAAAUCUCUCCCUUUCCCUAUGUCCUUUUGCCCAUUCUCUCCCUGUCCCCACUUUUCCCCACACUUCUUUUAUCGCUUUCCUUUUUACUUAAUUUCUCUAGAUGCUUUUUUACUUGCUUUAAUAUAAUGCUACAGCUUUGCUUCUGUAAGCUAGAGAGAGCCUUAAAAUCAACUGUUAUAUUUACUCAUUAUUUUUAGAUCUUAAUUUAUCUUACCUUCUAUUGAUUUUAUAAUAUACUCUAAUCUCUUAUCAGUCAAUGCAGAUAUGCCCCUGCUUUAAGGAGUCCUUUUAGAAAAUAUUUCAAGCAUUGCAAGAAGUUUUUAAGAACAAGCUCCUCUAGUAUGUCUUCUAUAUUCAGGGCUUCAGUUAUCACUUGUAUUACUGAAAGCUCCAAAUAUACCUGUCUAUCCUCAAACUUGAGGUCCAGACCAAUUUUUUUGCUGCUUGUUAGAUAUCUGUGUUUGAAUAUCCUGUAAAUAUUUCAGUGCACCCAAAACAUCUUAUUAUCUUCAUUCCAUUACCCUCAGAGGUAGAACCUAAAAAGUUCCUAAUUCUAGACAUCACUUGCCAUGGCUUUACCUGAGCUACAAGUCAUGGAUUGCUUUUUUUUUUUUUUUUUUUUGAACAGAGGGUCCUGGGGAUUGAAUCCAGGACUGUGUUGCAUGCUAGGCAUGCACCCUACCACUGAGCUAGUGCCCUCCCCAUCAUGAAUUGCAAUUUGAUUUCUGUUUUUUUCCUCGCACCUCUCAACAUAGUGUUUAUUCCUAAAUUAUGAUGUGGAUGUGUUUGUCUUAAGCACUGACAUUUCAUUAACUUUGAGUUGGACUCUUGCAGUACCCUUACUAAUUUCCUUAACACAUGUUCCUCUUUUAACCCAGUACUACUGCCAUUUUUUGUUUGCUUGUUUUGUGGGGGGAGGUAAUUAGUUUUAUUUAUUUACUUAUUUUAAUGGAGGUAGUGGGGAUUGAACCCAGGACCUCAUGCAUGCUAAGCACACACUAUCACUAAGCUGUGCCCUCCCCACUUACUACCAUUUUAAUACCAAAAAUUUUCUUUAAUCACACGCCCAUUUCCUACAGAAUAAAAGGUCACAUGUCUGCCUUCCACAGUCUGACUAUGUUGUGUCAUUCCAGACUCAUUUGCUACUCCCCAGCACCUCUUUUGUUUCAGCCACACCAAAUUCUCUUGCCUUGUCUAACCAGUCAAGUGGCCUCUUUACCUUCAGCCUUGCUUGUCUCAUUGGUGCUUUCUCUCCAGAACAUUUUUUCUGUGUGUAUCUUACCCCUUUCCUUUUUGUUUUCAACCCAAGGUUCUGCUCAUCUUUCAAAGACCCAGCUCUAACGCCUCCUUUGUAAAGCCUUUCUACCAUUCUCACAUCCUCCUUCCUAUCAACCUGGGAGAGGUUGUGGUUUCAUCCUCCCAUAGCAACGUGCCAGAUUUCUAGCACAGAACCUGCCAAUUUAAAAUAGCAGUCGGUGUGUACUUGUCUCCUGGGCUAUACUGUGUGAGGUCCUUAAGGUAGAGACCAAUUGAUACUCACGUGUCUUUGAAUCCUUGGCACUCAGUACAAUGGCUGACUUGUUGGAGGUACUCAGCAAAUAAUUGCAGAAUGAGGACAUUGAAUUAGAAAAAUGUAUGUACAAGCUUUCUGGAACUGGGCUGUUCUUUAAGUCAUGGAUAUACACGUAAUUUGAAUGAAAGAAGCAAACAAAGUGGGGUAGAAUGGUAUAGGCCUAAUAAGGGAGUCGGAAAGGAAAGAGGCAUAUUAAAAAGAAGUCAGAACAAAAGAAAGGCACAACCAGAAGUUUCUGUCUAUAUAUAGCGAACACACUGGGGAAGAAGAGGAAAGAGGACAAUAGCAAAUGAAAUUGGUUCCCUAGGGCAGAAACAAUUGAAAGGUACAACGGUGAAGAGGGAGAGGAAAUUAAAGCAUGGAGUCCAAUUAGACUUGAAGAGAAGGCAAAAGAGUCAGACUGGCAGAUCUCAGUCUGGAAAUUUUCAGUAGACCACAGAGCCUAUGGUUGCUUUUAUGUUGUGUGGAUAAUAUUAAAUGAGCUUUUCAUGUCACAUAACUCUUUACCGAUUUGUCAUUUGAAAAGGUGACUCCAGUUCAGGGAUAAAUACCUUGACCAAUAUGCCAUAUAAAGUGCGACAUGUUUUACCAUGCUAAAGUUAAGAAACUGGUUUAAGGGUUAGUUUUGACCAACUGAUGGCAGUUUGCACCUGACAGACUUCUAAGGGUUCCUUUGCAAAUGGUGUUGGCGGGCAAUGAAGUUUUUUGAAUUGGGCCGCAGGGGGAGGUAGUAAGGACUGGAGAUCAUAUCUUUUUGUAUGCCUUUGUUUGUCCAUUUGCAUUGAUAUUCUGAGUGUGUUUUUGCACACUCAACUCUAGAAUAAAAGUAACUUGACUUGCAAA